UGCAACCCCGGGGCCUCGGGGCGCCGGUGGGGGUUCGAGCGGGCCCGGGCUGCAGGAGGGGCGCGCGGGGGCGCGGGGUCCCGCCGGGGAGCGCGCACGGAGCGGCGCCUCAGCCGCCCUGCUUCCUGGAGCUGUGCUCCUUUGACCCCAGUGGCAGUCCCUGUCACUGCACCGCUCGCGCUCCCUCUGGCUCGCCGCGCCCUCGCUCCCUCUCCUCGCCCCCUCGCUCGCUCUCUCCCCAGAUCGAGGCUGCUCGGGUCCUUUCUCCCCCCCGCCUCCCUCUCGUGCCGCGCCCCCCGGCCCCCCGCCCCAGCCCGCGGCGGGACCUCCGGGGUCGAAGGUUCUGGCCCGCCCGCGCCCCUCGCCGCCCCCGCGCGCCCCCCGCACGCCUCCCUCCGGCUCGGGCCGCUCCGCGAUGGAUCGCCUGCUCGUUGGGCGCUGAAGGCAUCCCCGGGACCCGGAGCGCAGCCCGGGAAAGAAACGCACAGUGGUAUUGAUGAGUAGAUCCUUGGGUUCAGAGGUUGGCUGAAACACACCAUGCCUGCGUCCAUCCUUUGUUCCGGAAACUUGUGAAUUGCUCAUGCCUAUAGGGAGGAAGGAUGGCUCAUGGGAUUCCUUCUCAAGGCAAAGUUACCAUAACGGUGGAUGAGUAUAGCUCAAACCCCACCCAGGCAUUCACGCACUACAAUAUCAACCAGAGCAGAUUCCAGCCGCCACAUGUACAUAUGGUCGACCCCAUCCCAUAUGACACUCCAAAACCAGCGGGCCACACGCGGUUUGUCUGCAUCUCAGACACGCACUCCAGAACAGAUGGUAUCCAGAUGCCUUAUGGGGACAUCCUUCUCCACACAGGCGAUUUCACCGAGCUGGGACUGCCCUCAGAGGUUAAGAAGUUUAAUGACUGGUUAGGAAACCUGCCAUAUGAAUAUAAAAUAGUGAUUGCUGGGAAUCAUGAACUGACAUUUGAUAAGGAAUUCAUGGCAGACCUUGUUAAACAGGACUACUACCGUUUCCCCUCUGUGUCCAAAUUGAAACCAGAGGACUUUGACAACGUUCAGUCCCUCCUGACAAACAGUAUUUACUUACAAGACUCGGAGGUAACAGUGAAGGGAUUCAGGAUAUACGGGGCACCUUGGACCCCGUGGUUUAAUGGAUGGGGCUUUAACCUGCCCAGAGGUCAGUCUCUGCUGGACAAGUGGAACCUCAUCCCUGAGGGCAUUGACAUACUCAUGACCCACGGACCUCCUCUAGGCUUUCGAGACUGGGUUCCAAAGGAGCUUCAAAGAGUGGGCUGCGUGGAGCUUUUAAACACGGUCCAGAGGCGAGUUCGGCCCAAACUCCAUGUAUUUGGUGGAAUCCAUGAAGGUUACGGCAUUAUGACCGACGGUUAUACAACGUACAUCAAUGCCUCAACGUGUACAGUCAGCUUUCAGCCGACCAACCCUCCAAUUAUAUUUGACCUUCCAAACCCACAGGGUUCCUGAAGCUCUAAAAGUCCAAUUGGAAUGUGAGGGAAGGUCUAUAAACUGCCAUUUUUCUAAUUACAAACUUACAUUCUCUUACUUGUUUAUUUCCAAAUCCUGUGAGUUCUUUUUGUAAAUUACUGGAACACAAAUGUCGCUAGAGGUUGUGCUUCUUCUUUAUUAUUAUUUUUUUUAAUGGGGCGUCCAUUCGGAAUGAAAGGAGCAUUGUGAAUUUGUAAAAUGACUUCCGUUUUCUCAAAGGCCACGCCAUUGUAAAUUGUUAGUAUUCGCCAAAGGACAGCCAAGCUUUCUUUUUAAAAGGUGAUGAAAGUCUUAUUUUAAUAUGCUUUAAGCUGGAAGAAAAAGGAAAAAAAAAAAGAGAGAGAAACAGGUAGGUAGUGUUUUAAAAACCACCCAGAUUUGCACAACUGUUUAAGAGUAUUGUUUGAAGUAUUUUAUUUUUUGAUGUUUUGUUGUUGUUGUUGUUGUUUUCUUGGUAACCCUUCUUUUUUGCAGACUUGGCCUGGAUUUAUAGCAAUCUUUUCAGCAAAAGUAGGCGUGGAAAAGACUUCUCUUCACACUCUCACUAUAAAGAAAGCUGCGUCCAGGGAAGAAAAUGGCCCUCGUUCAAAGGAUGGCUUAGCUAGUGAGAUCCAUAUUGUGGUUAUACAAGGUCUCAUUGUUUGUUUCUUUUAAAUUAUUUUAGCUUUAAAAAUAUGGAAAUGGAAUCUGUCAAGAGCAGGUAUUUCAUGCAGUUAAAAGAACAGUUGAGCGCACAGACUCCUUUUCAGUAUGGGUUUAUAUAUAUAUAAAUAUUUUUUGUGUAUUAUGGCUAAGUUAGGAGUUUAAUAUUGCCAAGGACAACUGCGAAGGAAUGCUUUAUAGCAGGGCAUCAGAAGUCCGAAGGGGCUGACACAUUUUCUCAGAACUCAAGGUCUCAAAGAGCUUGAGUUAAGUCUAGGUACAAUUACAGGCAUGUACAGACUUAAGUGGAUGCAAUGGAAGGUAACUAAAAUGAGGCUUAGUCGUCCUUUAUAUUUAAAUACCCUGAAUUGUCUUCUUACUUCCUCUCCCUCCCCCCAUUUUGCACUGUGUGUCGAUGCAAUCUUCGCUAGCACAAAAUAUUGUCGCUAAUAGUCAUUUCUGUUUUCCCAUUGUAAAUGCUGUUGAGCUUUAUUCUAUUUUAUGUUAUCUUGUUAAUGAAAUUUAGGAAAGCAGUUGUUUCUUUUAAAUUUAUUGUGAUAUUCUAUAUCUAGCGGCCUUUAUAUGCAAAUAAAAUUGCAAGAUUUUUAAAUCUGUCCUGUUUGGAGGGUUGGCUGGUAGGAUGGUGGUUUUAGUCCUGGGGAAGGAGGGGGUUUAUUCAUAUGCAACAUUAGUACUGCCUUCCAGAAGAAUUAGAAUAAGUGAUUUUUUUUCCUGAUUUUCAAUAAAUUUUUAUUACCCAUCAUUCACAGGCUGGCAGGUAGAUCGAUAAGGCACUCAGUCUACUCUUUCCUUACAUCACACUGUCAUCUAUCUUGCCGUGGGUUUCAGAGGGUGAAUAUUUCGUCUUGGCCAUUGUAAUUUCUAUAGGAAGGGUCACCGUGCAGUGGAGGCUGCAGAUGCUAUCGUGGCUGUGUGCUUGGUGGUGAGAGGGUGAACCAGUGGGUAAGAGAGUAACCACUACUCAGUGUCAUUUGUCCCCAGGAGCGGUCACUGUCACCCCCUUGCUGUUCUUUCUUUAUGUCCAUCACUAAAAUGUUAUGGCAGCCAGCACUCAACAGGCGGCGGUGCGGUGUGGUAAACUAAGUAAUGUCUUUUUUAUAUUCUCUGGAACAGCCAUUGAAGAAAAACAGCAUGAUCUUGAAACUGCAGUGUAGCCCAAAAGUCUACAUUCCAGUGCCCCUUGGGUUGUAUUCUGGCAGAUUUUCCUUUCCUCCUUCUCUUGUGGACUCUUGGUGUAACCGAUGAAAAGAAUUCUUGAUUUCAGUACCCACUGGGUAGAGAGAAUGUUUUAGGCCAGAAGUCCAGCUCAGACUCACGUGUAACCAUCUUAGUUGUUAAUAUUGAUUAAGCGUCUUGGCUGCCACCCAGAGUGUGUGGUGGACACUUUGGUCUGAGCUCUCCUAACAGAUGCUUGAGCUUCCCAAGCAGAGGUGGCCCAUGACCAUAGUAGCCAUGAUGGGCCAAAAGAGGUACUGUGGGAAGUUAACAACCCUCCUCUGAUCUGCCACAUCAAUAGAAGAAGGUGUUGACUUCAGGGCUCUUCCUAGGGAGCUGGAGUGAGAGGUGACUGAAUGGAAAUUUCAUCUGGAGCUAAGCUCAGACUUCUGGAAAAGCAGGCUUUCCAGAGACAGGUGGACGAUCACGAUGACAAGUGUGCAUGUACAGCUCUUGACAGCACGUCUGGACCCAAACUAAUUAAGCUAAGCACUUACUGAAAUUGCUUUCCAUUGUGAGGGGGCAGGAAGCAACCCAGCCUGCUAAAUCUACAGGGUAGACUGGCUCAUGGUCCAGGUUCACCAUUCCAUAUGUAUGAAUAGCCUCCAGGAGGGCCAGGGUGACUGUCCAAAGGCCUGAAGCUUUCUCCACUGGGCCUUCUAACAAAGGAACAUUUGAAAUAGCUCUUACAAAUUGGCACUUUCUGUCCUUUCAUCACCAGGCACUCUGCUGAGCAGGUCUCAUAUUUUGUUUCUAACCCUCACAAAACCCUGGGAGAGGUCACAGAAGCCCCACUUUAUAGAUAGGAAACCAAGCCUCCAAAAGUUAAAUAAAUUUCCCUAGGAAAAUGGAAGGUUCAAAACCAGGUCUGUCUGAAUUCAUAGCCCUGCCCUUUUUAUCACCUGGCCUCUGGACCAGAAAAGUUGAUGCCGUUCAAGAGCUGAUAAAAAAACUGAUAGGGGUCUGGGGGCAUGUCUUACCCCUUAUGUGGGAGCUGUUGGAGCAUCCUUCGGAUGGGACCGCUUCCUCUCUGCUUGAGACACAGCGCACCGUAGUGGGUCUGAGCACAGAGCCUGGGGCCAGUGUGCCUGCCCAAGUCCAAGCUCCUCCUCGGACUGGCUCAGAUGCCUUCGGCUGGGUACUUCCCAUCACCGUAAAAGGGGGUUGAUGAUGAUGAAGUGGCCGUGAGUUGUGCUGUGGAGAUCACUGCCUGGCAUCCAGUUUGUUAAAUAGGGUCCCCAUGCUGCCUUGAAAUUCUCCAGGCAGGACCUGUCUGUUGCCUCCUCACCCUCAAGAGCACCAGUGGCAUUAUUUCUGAGAAAGUGUAUUGGUUUGCAUUCCUUGGAAACUAUAAUGAACCUCUUUCAUAAGAAUAUGAAGGACCCCAAGGGCAUUUGUGAGAGGCAGCUAAGGGGGGCUGACUUUUCAGGGUGGGCAUCAUAUUUUGCAAAUCCCUUCUAAUCUCAGGAGAGGAAGGGGUCUGUACUCUUUAGAGUUGCUUUAAAUGGCACCCGUGGAUCUCAGCAUCUCUCUCUCCUUGGAGUCUUUACAUUCCAUGUCACCCUCUCCUUCAAGCUCAAUUAGUGAAUUUUUUCUCUACAUUUUCUCCCAAUCCCCUUUUGUCUUAUAAAGAUGAGGGGGUGUUGCUGAAACCCCCUUAAGAGGCAGGUCACUGUUCUUCUGACAGGUGGCCAGCGUUAAGCCUGCCUUCAUCUCUGUCACUUAAGUAAAUAAAUACUGUGACCCAGGGCUUAAGUAGGGAGAAACAGAAGCUGGGAGGAUUUGGGAUUUGUCAAUUGCAGAUAAAAUACUUGCUGUGCCCAGAAUAAUGUCCCCUCCCCCAGCCCUCCCCCAGCAAGGCUAUGCUGCUCCAUCAGGACCGAACAUCCAUCUUUUAUUUUGGUUUCUCAGUAUCUUUUCAUGCCCUGUUCCCACUUCCCUAAAAGUUUUCAUUACUUUUCAUUUAAUUAUGAAACCGAAGUGAAUUCAAGUCUACUUCAAUUUUUUGAGAAAUUGGCUAUAAGCUGAGGGGCAUUUGGAAACACUGCUGGGUUUGGAGCAGGAGACGUUUGGAUGUGGGGAGGGUUCCAGCACCGGACAUUCUUAAUAGGUGCUUUUAUAGAAGGUUCCAGGCCCCCUUCUGGAUGUCAGCUUCUAAAUGCAAAAUGUUUUUUCUCCUACUUUGUGAUGAAGUAGGAAGAUCGCUGCCUGUGUGUCCACUCUCUGACAAGGUUCUUCCAGAAGUUUAGAGCUACUUUCCCUUCCUUUUCAAGAUGUCAUCUCUACUUUUCUGCUCCUAUCUUGCCUUUCCAUGGAAGAGAAAACCACACUGAUUCCAAAGGCUCUCAGAAAAGCCUCCCUCUUCCCUGGUGCCCCUGCAACUCAAGAGAAGUUCAGAGACGGUCAGCGGCACCACCAUGGUCACACAGCAGA